CCCACCUUCCCGCGCUGCGAUGAUGGCCGGAAGUGUCCGACAACAAGUGAGCGGCAGGUGAUCGUUUGUCAUUGCUGGUAACGAGCGGCUCUCUGUGCGUCACGGUGCGUCCCGGACUCUCCACCCUGCAUGUCAAUUGUAGGCAGAGCGGCAUGUGAUGCUCUCUCCGUCCUCCAGUGUCCUGCGAGCGCUCACUCUCAACCACAAGUGCUGGCCAGCGGAUGUAUUCAUGCCUCUCUGCAGAUUUCCUCUGACAUCUGUGCUCAGAACACAGCCUGGAUAUUGUUGAUCGCUGCACGAGGUUCACGGACUGAGCCCCUGACCUGAAAUCACUCUCCGGCACCUCCCUCACUGCCACAUCCAUCCAUCUCUUCUCACACUCUCUGCCUGUAUCACUCCUGUUCGCACCAGUCUCCGUCCCCCUAUCUCUUUCUCUCUCCAACCCCCGCCCCCCCUUCCCCACCCCGAUGCCUAAGAACAGCAAGGUGACGCAGCGCGAGCAGAGCCAUGAGCACGUCACGGAGUCGGUGGCCGACCUGCUCGCACACGAGGAACCGCUCGACUACAAGAGCAGCUCCCUGAACGUCGGAGGGGCCGCCGCGAAGAAAGUCCCGCAGCUGGAGGUGCCCGAAAAUGACGGGCGCCCCGCCUGGAACAGCAAACUGCAGUACAUCCUGGCCCAGGUGGGCUUCUCUGUGGGCCUGGGGAACGUGUGGCGCUUCCCUUACCUGUGCCAGAAGAAUGGAGGAGGCGCCUAUCUGGUUCCCUACUUCAUCCUUCUCCUCAUCAUCGGCAUCCCGCUUUUCUUCUUGGAGCUUGCAGUGGGUCAGAAGAUCCGACGUGGGAGCAUCGGGGUCUGGAACUACGUCUGUCCCAGCCUGGGCGGGAUAGGAGUGUCCAGUCUGAUGGUAUGUGGCUUUGUGGGUCUCUACUAUAAUGUGAUCAUCGGCUGGAGCAUUUUCUACUUCUUCCAGUCCUUUCAGUAUCCUCUGCCAUGGAGCGAAUGCCCGAUCAGGAGGAAUGGGACACUUGCCAUUGUGGAGCCAGAGUGCGACAAAAGCUCCGCCACGACAUAUUUCUGGUACCGCCAGACUCUGAACACGACCAGCACCAUUGCAGAGAGCGGUGGGCUCAACAUCAAGAUGACUCUCUCUCUGCUGGUGGCCUGGAUCAUCGUCUGCCUCGCCGUCAUCAGAGGAAUCGCCUCCUCUGGGAAGGUGAUGUACUUCAGCUCUCUUUUCCCCUACGCGGUGCUGUUCUGUUUCCUGGUCAGGGGUUUAAUGCUGAAGGGAUCAGUGGACGGUAUCGCUCACAUGUUCACCCCCAAGCUGGAGAAGAUGCUGGAGCCCCAGGUGUGGAGGGAGGCAGCCACCCAGGUCUUCUUCGCCCUGGGUCUGGGGUUCGGAGGGGUCAUAGCGUUCUCCAGCUACAACAAGAUCGACAACAACUGUCACUUUGACGCCGUGCUCGUCUCUAUCAUCAACUUCCUCACUUCUAUUCUGGCCACGCUGGUGGUCUUCGCUGUGCUGGGCUUCAAGGCCAACCUCAUGAAUGAGAAGUGUGUCGUAGAGAAUGCAGAGAAGAUCCUGGGAUACCUCAACUCCAACGUCCUGAGUCACGACCUGAUACCUCCACAUGUGAACUUCACCCAUCUCACCACCGCAGACUACGCUGAGAUGUACGGCGUCAUCAAGACAGUGAAGGAGGGCAGCUUCGCCCAGCUGGGUCUGGAGCCCUGCGUCCUGGAGGACGAGCUCAACAAGGCAGUCCAGGGCACAGGCUUGGCCUUCAUCGCCUUCACGGAAGCCAUGACCCAUUUCCCGGCAUCUCCGUUCUGGUCAGUCAUGUUCUUCUUCAUGCUCAUCAACCUCGGGCUGGGCAGCAUGAUCGGCACCAUGACAGGCAUCACCACACCCGUCCUCGACACCUACAAGGUCCAGAAGGAGCUUUUCACAGUGUGUUGCUGCAUCGUGGCCUUCUUCUGCGGACUGUUGUUUGUUCAGCGCUCAGGGAACUACUUUGUCACCAUGUUUGAUGACUACUCUGCCGGACUGCCUCUCACCGUUGUGGUCAUCCUGGAAAAUCUGUCUGUCGCUUGGAUUUACGGCACGAAAAGGUUCAUGCAGGAUCUGGAGGACAUGUUGGGUUUCCGACCAUUCAAGAUUUAUUUCUACCUGUGGAAGUAUGUCUCCCCUCUGUUUCUCAUUGUGCUCAUCUCAGCCACUGUCGUAGAGAUGGCCAUCAGCCCGCCAGGAUACAACGCCUGGGUGGAAGAGCUGGCUCAGGAACGCUUCCAGAGUUACCCUCCCUGGGCUCUGGCCAUGUGCUUCGCUCUGAUCAUAGUGGCCAUGCUUCCUCUGCCCCUCGUCUACAUCGCCCGUCGCUUCAACCUGAUAUCAGACGGCUCAAACAAGCUGUCUGUCUCCUACCGUAAAACCAUGAUGAAGGAUAUGUCUAAUCUGGAGGAGCAGGACGAGGCCAGAUCCAUCCUUGGCGCCAAGCCCGGCGAGGCGCCAUCAUCGGGGCCAGCGCGCAAAGCCUACCUAGCUCCGGGAACGAACAAACCUCUGGACCCCAACUCCCUGUCUCCAAACAGCUGCUACGGUACGGGCUACCAGAACGCUGCCAUCAGCCCGACAACACCGACCACACCUACCACGCCGACCACACCUGUCACACCAGAGUCUGACUCUUGACUGCAGUCCAAACACCUCUCUGACACCCAGUCCUGUAGCACCGUUUACCUUUCUGCCAUAAAGUCUCCACCGGGGGUCACUGCAGCGCAGAGUCUCCCUAACGCCACCCGACUUACACCACAAAACUGUACGUAGCCGCCCUCGCUUCACAAAAUAACACCAAGGAACCAUCUGCAGCAGGAAUAACAAGCUCAACACUGAAAUCAGGGUGAGAUUGACAGACUGCACAUCUGUAACCUGUUCUGUGUUUACCAUCACAGGUUUUUAGAUGCAGCUCUGCGUGCUUUUCUUCGCCUUAGCAUAACGAUCCUCAGCAGACACACAUCCUUCCCACCGCACACACACACAGCUGAAUGCACAUCCCUGUCUGCUGCACAGUGCAGGGGAGCUGAAAGUAUGAAUGUAGAGGAGCCAGCAGGGUCCUGCUGAUUGAACAGGUUUUCACUCAGUACAAUGGCACAGUGAGCCGAGAUGAAUGUGAGUUUAAUCAAGUUGUGAUUUAAAGCCUGUCAGUGUUUGCGUCACUGCCUUCCAUUACUGGUACUGUGCGUCAGAGCCACACAGUCUAACACAAAACACGAUUUUUACGGGAGACAUAUUAUGUUUUUCGGUUUUUUUCCUUUGCUUCAGUGAUUUUCCAAAGUUCUUGUGCACGUUGAAAAACCUUGAAAGUAAAAAAGUCCACACUAACUGACUGAAGCUCCUCUAUCCCACAGAAAACACUGCUCCUGGAACACCUUGUCAGUAAUCCAGCCCUUUAAUUCUGUGACUUUGUGACAUCACAUUACGUCACCAUGUCACAUGUUUGCAUAAUUUGGGCCUAGUGGCUAGUUUUCAGCUGCUUUGUUGUUGUUAGUGGAGGGUCAGCUGCGUGUCAGCUGACCAAUCAGAGCAGACUCAGUCAGAUCAGGAGGGGGGGCCUUAAAGAGACAGGAGCUAAAACAGAGCAUUUCAGAAAGAAGGGGAAUACAGAGCUGCAGUACGGUACCGUAUGAGAAAAUUGAUGUGGUCUUUCAGCAUUAAAGUAUGUAAACCUUUUUCAGUAGUAAGCACAAAUAAAAGUAUGAACCUUAAAAUAAGCAUAAUAUGUCUCCUUUAACUAUUAGAUCUUGAGCAGUGAUUUCAGUGAGUAGACAGAGUAUGUCUGACACACACUUCUAACGCCCUGAACAAGAAAACACAAAGCUCUGUGUGUUGUAAGCUAUGCUCAAGGCUGCUAUAAACAUGUCCAUUCACUGUAUGUUUCAUCCUCUUCCGUCCCCCCCAUUCACUGCAGUGUUUUGUGUGUAGUCAGUAUUGUUCUCCCUCAUUCUGUAAACAGCAGUGUACAUGAUAGUGAUACACUGUAGGAUACUAUAAGUUUUGUUCUAAACGCAGUCAACCACUUCACAUCGUGUUAUAACUUGCGGGAAUCGCUCAUUUCAGUUUCUCCACCAAAGAGUAAAAUCAUAGACAACAAAAACACUUGAAAUCCACAUAUUCAUAUGACAGAACAACAGAAAGGACACGUUGCAUUAUGCUGAUGGUGAUCCACAAAGAGCUUGUUUUAAUUCUUGACUUUUGAGUGCAGCAAGAGCAGACGCGUACAACUCAGACUAGAGUAUGGAUUUUUUAAAUGUCUCUAUCUGAUGCAUUACAGGGCUGCACAUUUGAGAAAGUGCAAUGAGUGCAACAUUUUACAUGUAGCCGCCCAGGGAGGAAGAUAAACAAAGGACAAUUUUCAGCCCUCGCGAACAGCUAAGUCUUCAGUAACAGAAAGCACAGCUUGUUCACGUGAAUUUGAAAGAAAUGCCUGCUCCUUGCUCAACGCAAUUCGGACCUUCCUCCUAGAAAAGCACAAAACCAAUUUUAAGCAACUGCUGCGCACAAGUGAGUUACUAACUUUAGGUGUUCAGCUGGUGGAAUGGAUUGCUGCUGUUCAAUAAGUCCCACGCGAUGAUUAAGCAAUACUGGAGCACAAACAAAAAUGCACAAUGUUCACUAUGGACCAAAAAAAAACAACUAAUGAACAUGAAAUAGAAGAAUCAGCUUUGGACCAAAAGAUUAAAGGAAUUUAAGAAACAAAAAUGAAAAUGGUGGAAUGGUACAAACUUUUGUAUGUCUUGAACUCUUUCAUGCACAAACAAAAAACAUAAAUGCACACAUGCGCUCAAACCCCACACAUGCACACUGUUUCUGUUCACGUGUGGUAUAAUAAACCCCUGAGUGUUAAUUACACAGACAGUAAUGUCACACCACGUUUCCUUUGUGAUGCAGAUCUGUGACUCCUGGUUGAACUGCUGUUAAACCAGCAGACAGUCUGAACGGGUGAAGUUAAGACGGACAUGUUUCAUUUUUGCACACACCGAUUCUGAGUAGUUGUGCAAAACUGUCUUCAAGUUCAAACUGAGCACAUUCAAGUUCCUUUUACAUGGAAGAGGAUACGUUUAUUUAUUUUUUUAUCACGAUAUUCAAAGCCAUGGUGUUAAGGAUCUAAAUGGACUAUAUUUAUAUUCCUGUAUAUUUGCGGUGUGUGUAGGUGUGAUGAACAACAAAGAUUUAUCUUUUAAAAGUGACCAGUAUAUAUAUAUAUACUGUAUAUUUUCAUCUUGUGUGAAGCUUAUUUAAAUUGUAUAUUUAAAGACUUAUCUAUUUUGUAGUUUGUGUAGCUAAUUCUUGUUGUGGGAUGUGAAAAUGCUGCUGGGAGCUGGAGGUGAUGUGUCAUGUGAAGUGUAGCGUUAUGUGGGCCACAGCUGGUUCUGCGUUGUGUUCAUGAGGGCUGUGUGUUCCUCUGGCUGCACCUGGUGUUAGGAUACGUCCACUCCCCUGCCUCCACUUUAGCUUUACUGGUCUACUUGUUUUUAGCCGCACUAGCACCACCUGCUCUGACGCAGAUCAUUUACCAUGAAUCCCAUGACUUCUCAUGUGGCGCCACCUGCAGGUCAAAAUGUCCUCCUGCCCAACGCUUAAAUUCACAAAAUAAUUGAGUCAGCUUCAGUUAAGAACGCUAAGAUAGUAUGCUAAUGUGCCGUUUGUAUAAAAACAUGCAAACUUCCUUAAAAUUACAUGCAAAAUAUUAGCAUGUCAGAAAGACGAUUAGCAUGCCUAAAUGUUACAGUGAGUAUCAGCAAGCUAACAAUCCAAUUGGAUGCUAACAUGCUAGCAUGUCUGUUGAACGCUGACAAGCUUUCAGCUGGAAAUCUGCGUUGAGACCAUCCCAGCAUAAUGUUACCGUUAUUCCAACUUGAACAUGUUGGUUGCCUGACCAUAGUCUUGUGGUCAUUCAACAACAUAAAUUAUCUUCUUUUGCAGUAAAGUAGCUCCCUGCAAGACCUCUGCUUUGGCACAACCUGCAGGGCAAAAGUUCCUCUUGUUCAGCAGCUGCAGGUGCAGUUAAGGUGAAUGCUAAGAGAGCCUGCUAACAAACGAAUUGUAUAAAAACAUACCAACUUGAAAAUGUUAUAUUUCUUAUAAUAUAUAUUAUAAUAUCAAAUAAUUCCAGACAGUCUCAGAUAUACUUGAGAUGAAUGCCAGGAUAGCAUGCUAACAAGCUUAAUGUAGGAAAACAGACCAGCAGGAAAUGACAUGGUAAACAUUAGCAGGUUGGCAAGAUCAUUAGCACUGGCGUACCCCCACAAACAACAUAUUAAAGUUAUCAGCAUGCUAGCACAGUCAAUAGUUAUGAUAGCUUGUUAGCAUAUUAACAUUCUAGCAUACCAGUUAAUAUGGUAACAAGGUUUCAGCUGAGCUUCUGUAAACUAACUUUGACUACAUUGAGUUGAGUCUGUACUCAAACACAAAAGAUUCUUAAAACAAAUGUGUCCCUUAAACUUUCAUCAAUCUGUCUGUGUGUGUGUGCAGAGCAUCGCCGUCCUGCAGGGCUGCUAGUGUGGCUAUAAACUUUAAUUGAAACUUGUUUCAUCUCUUGUCUUGUUUUUAGUCUGUGUGAAUCAGGCACUUCCUGCUGAGAGUGCAUCGUGUAGAAAUCUCCCCGUUGUCCAAAUCUGUAAAUAACCUUGUGUAGUCAAACUAUUCUGAAGAUAGAUUUUAUCCGUGUGAAGUAUAUCAAUGUCUUAAAGUGACUGUUUUAGCAGUAAAUGUAACAUAAAGUAAUAAUGAAUGUGAUUAAUGCACUUUUUUUCACUAGGACCGCAAAAAAAAAGUUAGCAUUUGUUCUGUCCUCAUAGCAGUAAAUUCGAGGUCUGUGUAAAAGCAAUAUCCAGUUAAUAAACUGAAGAAUAACUUAGGCUGAAAGACACAUUAGUGUCAGUCAUAGCAAUGAUUAGGAGCUGCCCCUUGUAGCCAAAGGGAUGUUCGACUCUUCCUUACAAGUGCUGGAGUGUGUGCAUAUAUAUGAAAAAAAAAUAUGUGUGUGUGUGCGUGUGUGUGUGUGUGCGCGUGUGUGUGUAAACUACAUAUUCCUUCUUGUUACCUGUGGGUGCAGGGCCUUACUGAGCACACGUUUCAAGCACUGUCUGUACAGGAGACACGUUUAGAAAAUGUCCUUUUACAGCUUCUCUCUCUCUCUCUUCUUUCCUCAGUCACGUUAUGAUUGUAUGAGACUGAUGAAUUAUUGUUAAAAAAAAAUCGUGUACAUCACCACAAAUGUUAAUAAUAAAGA